ACCGUCAUACCGUCAUUCCGUCAUAUCUGCCCCCCUAGCGAGCCAUGUUCUCGCCAGCUGUUGGCAGAGUCGCUCGCUCUGCAAACACUCUCUCCACUGCUGCCUUUGCCCGAUGCGCACUGAACGCAUGCGCUCGCUCCGCCCUCACUUCGACUGCGCCGCAGCAACCCCUCCACCAGCGGCGCUACUCUUCCUCGAAGCCCUUGACCCCACCGAAUAGCAAGAAGAAGCCUGCUGGAAUAGAUCAGAAUGCUACCGCCGAGCUGCAAGGAGCGGGGAAGCGGUCAAAGGAGCUGGGCCGGGUGGAGAAGCAGUCUACUGCAACCAUAGGCAAGAACGUGCCCUAUGUAGCACCUACAAAUCACCUGCGGGAAGAUGAUGUCAAAUUAUCCGCCUUCUUCGGCCUCCAUCGCCCCAUUUCCAUUUCGCGAUCGUUUCCGAACGCAGUUUCACCCGCCGAGUUUGAUGCCUUCUUCGACGUAGAUCGCUCAAGUAGCAUUAACAAAAUGAAAACAACGCAACAAGUCCUGAGUGGAUUCUUGAGGCGCGUACAGGACGAGAUGGACGUGCAAGAAGAGCAACGGGCCGACGCAGCACUGGCCGAGCAAGAGGUAUAUCACCUCGACGGCCAACUCACGCAAGAACGUGUAGAAAGCUGGGCGGCCGACCUCCAUCCUUUCCAACCCCCGCCAGCACCUGAACCAUACGACGCAGUUGCAAACGUGCCAGCGUCAGAGCCGGAGUCAUAUUCUGCCGAGCGUCUCUCUGCCAGCAUCAAUGAGCGCGUAACCGAGGUUCCCCUGCCUUCGGACGAGAGUGGUCCGAGGACGUUUCGUGAACAUGUUGAACAGCGGCGGUACGGCAUGUACAUGAUUAGCGUCAAGAGGCAAAGAAAGCUCAAAAUGAAGAAGCACAAGUACAAGAAGCUCAUGAAGAGGACGAGGCUGUUGCGAAGGAAAUUGGAUAGGACAUAG